CUGCCCCCCCCUCUCUCUCUCCUUGGUGUAUACACAGCUUGCUCCUUCUGGCCUCAUUCACACCAGCCUUUUCCUCCAGUCCUUUCAUUUCCAGUGAAAUCCCUUGGAUCCAGCCUCACACUCUCCUCCCUCCACAUCAUCAUCAUCAUCACCAUCACCAUCACACAUCCCAUGACUCUCCACAGUAGCUGCUCGUAGACUCCUCUCUCUUCUCCAGCAUCUCUGUCUCUCAGCCCUGGCACUCUGUGGACACAGUCUCUCCAGUCUCUACAGUCUCUCCAGCUGGUGCUUUUAUUUAUAUACAGUCCUCCUAUUCUUGAAUGCAAUAGCAACACACAAUUGAACAAUGCCUUGCUUCCCAGAGAGGAACCUACAAAGAGCCUGGAAAUGAAAAUAGACAUCACAGUGAUGUCUAGUGGUACGCCCCCCCGCACCUGAGAGCUUUGGCUCUCGCUCCCCGCACCUCCAGCUAUUGACUUGCCGUCUGCUGUAUGGACACUUGGAAUAAAGCAUCGUUUGGCAAAUACUUCUCAGUCGUGGCAGCUCCUGAUUUACUGGACCCAAAAGCAGCUGCUCAGAACAGCAAACCAAGGCUUUCCUUUUCAGCCAAACCACCCGUAUUGUCUACCCGGGAGGAGAGGGACAUCACACUGAGUGUGAUGAAAUGGAAAACCGUAUCCACAGUUUUUCUCGUGGUUGUCCUGUACCUGAUUGUUGGAGCCACGGUAUUCAAAGCCUUGGAGCAACCCUACGAGACCUCACAGAGGACCACCAUCGUGAUACAGAAGAAUAACUUUGUAUCAGAACAUUCUUGUGUAAAUGCAACCGAGCUGGAUGAACUCAUUCAGCAUGUUAUGGCGGCAAUAAACGCAGGGAUAAUACCAUUAGGAAACACUUCCAGUCAGCACAGUCACUGGGACUUGGGCAGCUCCUUCUUCUUUGCUGGGACUGUGAUCACUACUAUAGGUUUUGGGAACAUCUCACCACGAACAAAAGGCGGAAAAAUCUUCUGCAUUAUCUACGCUCUUCUUGGAAUUCCCUUGUUUGGGUUCUUAUUGGCCGGUGUUGGAGACCAACUAGGAACUAUAUUUGGCAAAGGGAUAGCACGAGUAGAAGAUAUGUUUGUAAAAUGGAAUGUAAGUCAAACGAAAAUUCGUAUCAUCUCCACCGUCAUCUUCAUUCUGUUCGGAUGUAUCCUCUUCGUCGCCAUCCCGGCUCUUAUUUUCCAGCACAUUGAGAACUGGCAUACAUUAGACGCCUUCUACUUCGUGGUCAUCACUUUAACCACAAUUGGAUUUGGAGAUUAUGUGGCCGGUGGAUCAGAUAUAGAAUACCUUGAUUUAUACAAACCUGUGGUAUGGUUUUGGAUCCUGGUUGGCCUUGCCUACUUUGCUGCUGUACUUAGCAUGAUCGGCGACUGGCUGAGAGUGCUGUCCAAAAAGACAAAGGAAGAGGUUGGUGAGUUCAGGGCGCAUGCUGCCGAGUGGACGGCAAAUGUCACAGCAGAGUUCAAGGAGACCCGGAGACGUCUGAGUGUGGAGAUCUACGACAAGUUCCAACGGGCUACCUCUAUUAAGCGAAAGCUGUCUGCAGAACUCAAUAUGAGUCCAAGUCAGGAAAUGACUCCUUGCAAGAGAACCUUAUCUGUCAACCACCUGACCAGUGAGAAGGAGGGGCUAUCCUCCAUGACCAGAAGCGACAGCAUGUAUCUGAAUGGUUUGACUCCGCACUGUGCUGAAGAUGAGAUCGCCGUCAUUGAAAACUUCAAGUAGCUCCACCUACCGACUCCACUAUCGCCUAAACACUACAUUUGCCAUAAUAAGACUACCAGCAUUUUGAAAGUCUGCAUGAGCUCGGAAACUUACGUACAAAGACUCCCAACCAGUAAUGUUACAACUAUCCAAUGUGUAGUUCGGAAAGAUUCCUAAAUUCCACAACGUCUGAUGCCUUUCGGUGCCCAGACUGUUUUCAUUUUUUUUCUAACGUGCCAUAAUACAUGCAAUGUUAUUAGAAUAUAAUCUUGAUAAUUUUGGUAAAAAAACAAAACACCAAAAACCAACAAAUUGGGAUCUGACUGGCAAAUGGAACGGAUGGUCCGUGGACUAUGUUUUUGUAACUGGAGAAGUCAUUACGAGAUACUGUACAGCCUUCAACCUAAGAAACUUAUUAUCAGUGCCUUAUUCCGCCUAGACACACAACCUCCAUAGCUGUUAUUUUUUUAUUUUAGGCCUGAGGAAUGUAUUUUAUUGGCUGAUCAAUUUUGCUUGAAGCAAGCAUGCAAUGGUGCCUCAAUGCGCUUGUCAGGAAGGGAUGGUGAUGUCUGAAACUUUUCAAAGUGGAAUGUUAAAGACCUGAAAACAAAUUUUUUUACAUUUUUUUCUUAAUUUUUUUGUUGUUGUUGGGGGUUGCGGGGGGGCGAUAUUGAUACAUGCAAUGCUAUUGAUACCUACAUUGCUAAAAUAAUUGUCAAACUUAGCCUUGGGUGGUCUCUUCAUUUAUGCCAUGACCUAGAUUUCAAGUGGUAGUCAAGGGUGUACAUGUCAAAGAGAAGGCAUCUGGAAAGAUGGUGGAAACCAACCGUGCCCAAGAGAGCCCAUUAACUUAUAAUGGGAUACGCGCAUGUCCCGUUGAGGUGUCCAUCUAGUCCAGAAUCUGGAGUGGAGGCUCCGAGCAGACAUUAACCCAAUAGUCUUUCCUCGUAGGUGUUAUCCUUUGGUAGCCCCUCCUCUUCACGGGUAUAAGAGUUUUAAUAGACAAGGCCUGGAUAUCACAUUGUCUUUCUUUCCUACAAAGAAUGUGAAGGGCCCCAGUUUUUUUUUUUUUUAAUCAGGUCACCUUUAUUUAUAUAAGACCCUAGUAGUAAAAGAACAUUUUAACAAAGAAGCUAUUUUUU